CUCUCCCCAGUUGUGCUUCUGCUUCACGAGAGCUGCAGUGUUCCAGCACAACUGCCAGGAGAACCAACGCCUCCCCGUGCUGGGGAAGCUGGCCGGACACCUCAUCCUGUGCUGCAGCUCCACGGACGAGAGGACCAGAGAUGAGGCGAUGAAGGCUAUCCAUCAGCUUUUCACCUUCAUCACCGCCCCAGGUGAGAGGAGUUGUGUUGGGUUAGGUCCCCCCAGACCUCCAGAUGCCCAGGCCCCUCACUGACAUUGCGUGCGCUCCUCUCCAGGAUUGUUGCCGAAGCAGAAGGAGCCCAAGAUGCCACAGCCCUGGGACAGCCAGCAAACUCUGCUCCCCCAGGAGGUUUCCCAUGAGGACAGAGCCAGAAAUGUCUUUGAGGUAUGAGGAACAAACCCUGAGCCCACAGGAGAACCCAAGCCUGCAGAGUCAGGAAGAGUGCAGGAGCUGUCCCCGAGAUGCCCUGGUGCACGUAGGGCCCUCACGCCCCGUAUCCCCAGUGUCACCCAGCCCCUGCUCCCAGUUCUCCUGAGGCAGCAGCAUGGCCGAGCAGCCACGCAGGUGAUGAGUCAUCCCUCUUCUCCUUCCUCCUACAGGUGCUUCGGAAAUGCCUCCUGUACCCCGAAACGGUCAAUAUCUUACUCACAGCCAUUGAGAGUAUGACAGCGCCGGGCCUCCACAGCACCCAGCUGGCUGCCCACAUGGUGGAUGUCCUCACAGCAAAGGCUCGCUUCCCUCCACGGGAGGUGGGAACCUGCUGCUGCCAAGGCUCCAGCCCUCGGGGCUCUGCUCCAGCCCUGGCACUGGCAUCACGCUUGGCCGGCAGGCAGCAGCUGGGUUGGCAGCAGGGCUCUGCUCUGCUGCCAUCCCAUUCUCACCCGUGUCCCCCUCCAGGUGCGAAAGAUCGUGAACGUGAUCUACAGCAGCCUGCCUUCCAUCAAAGCCCAGCUGGCUCUCAAAAGCCUGGGCAGGGCCCUGCUCGUGCUGGUCAGCAAAUUCCCAAGGGAGAUGGUUACCAGCCUGCUGGUCUGCUCCCCCACCUGCACCAGGGUCGCUGUCACCAUGUGGAGGGAAAUGCUCUCGGAGCCCCCGGCCGUGGAGAAGGUGCUGCAGCAGCUGCUCCCAGUGCUCAGAAACCAUUCUCUGCACCACACGUCCCCUUUCAUCAAGGACUGGCCACGUGUCCUCGCCCUGGCCGUGAGUUCCUCACUCACCCCGCUGAGCCUGAGUCCCCACUCCCCUUCCCUCUUCAGCCAUAGACCUGCCUGGGGCGCUGGGGCUCUCCCUCCCCCUCCCUUCCUCCAUCCCUACACUUCGAGAGAUGGGAUGGAAACCUGUGGGACAGGGCAAGAAUUGUAUCCGGGUGCUUUCUGCAGGCAGCAAAGGUCCUACCGGAGAUACUCCAGCUACCUCUGGUCCUGAAGGAGGCCGAAGCCAUCUUCCCCCAGCUCUUCCUGGCCCUCCUCCUGCAAGUGUCCUUCACCGUGAACCUGACACAGCAGGAGGUGGAAAUCUUCUUCGAGGCGCACCAGCAGCACCAGCUCACUCCCAUCAGGGCUGUGGUGCAGUCCUUGAAGGUGCUGCUCUGCAGCGUGGGCCUCCAGAGGCAGAUGGAGGCCAUCCAGGAGCAGGGCGGCUGGGACGCGCUUCUCAGCACUGUGACCCACCUCCAGGGUGUACAGGUGGUGGCCAGGGUGAUGAGAGAGCUGCCUGGUGCUCUGCGUGACCCCAUCUUCCACCACCUGGUUGAGCUGCUCAGCACCAGCUUCUUCUACUCCUGGGAGACGGUGGCCAUGGUCUUCCUCAUUGAGAUGCUGGACUGCGUGGACCUCAACAAAGAGCUGCACCGCAUCAUGAUACUCUUUACCACCUAUCUGCAGAGCCAGAGCGUGGGCAUGCAGCAGCUGGUGCUCAGGGGCAUUCUGAAGCUGAGCCAGAGGCAGGACACGGCAAGGCCAAUGAUCAUCUUCCUGCCGUGCGUCAUGGAGCUGCUGCAGGACGCAGACAGCGACAUCCGUGCCGUGGCCUUACCAAUACUCAGCAACCUGCUGCAGCUCCUGGAGGGGCUCAAGCUCAGCCUCAUGGCUCUGGCUCUGGCCGGCAAGCUCCCGGCGCUCAUUAAUGAUGUAAGGAUAGUAGGGAGCCCAGCACAUUAGGGAUGUGGCUACCACCUCAGCGUGCCCAUGCCUGCUGCCCUGUGA